AUGUCUGCACAACUCUUCUCGUCUAAAGCUCACCAAACAACUCCAUUCUCGCAAAAGAAAACUAAAUUUGAUUGCGAUAUUUGCUCUAAGCAACUUUCGUCAAUAUACAGAUUGAACACCCAUAGGGAAAGCGUUCACAAAGCUCCAGGAGUCUAUUCGGAACUGGGAAUGAAUAAAAAAGAAGCGAGAAUGGAACGGGCCAUUCAUAAAUGCAGAAUUUGCCAAAAAGAGUACUGCCGGAGAAACAGCUUGACGAUACAUUUUAGAGAGAAACACGGAAACCAACCAAUCACGUCGGAACAACGGACAAAGACAACGUCUAUCAGAACAAAUGUAUUUGGAGGAAAUUCAACAGAGUGCUUGUUGUGUGAUGAACAGUUUAUGACUCGAGGAGCAUUGUUCAAGCAUAUGAACACCCAACACAGAGAUGAGUUGGAGGUUGCUGGAAUUCUCUGCCGAAUGUCUGAAUACGAGAAGACGACAGUCCCUCAGGAUGCGAAGAAAAACAAGGAAAAUAACUCGGUUACCUCCCAUAUCCCUGUUCCGGCUUCGAUCUCUAUUUGGGCUCCGAUUCUUGUUCCAACUCCGAUAUCUGUAUCAGCUCCGAUCUCUUUCCGGGCUCCGAUCUCUGUACCAGCUCCAAUUUCCGCUCCAGCUCCAGCUCCGCCAGUGACUCAAAAUGUCGUUGGGAAGCAGGAACUUAUGAUCGAAAAAAUCAUGAAAAAGAAACCGCUUUUCAGUGUUGAAAAUAUUCUCAAAAUUUAG